ACUUGCCUUCGCAUCCGAUCCAAGUCGCGCUCAUCUCUUAGUUUUCGUUUUCAAUUUCGAUUUCGUCUCGGAUCUCGGGGCAAUUCCAAUUGAUUUUGGCCGAGAAAGAGAAAACUUGUUUCGGUGGCGCAAAGAUGGUCAUGUCGCUGUGUGGAAUGAGGAAAAAUGUAUCGGUCUCGUGUGUGUUUGAAUGUGUUAAAAUCAAUUAGCAUACCCCAUGGGCUGCUGGUGUUGCAGCUUCUGCUUCUGCUUCUGCCCCUCUGCGGCGCCUUUGUGAAUGAAACCACUGUUUUCGGGCCCGAGAAACUGCAGGCCUUCAAGAUCUUUGACGAUGAACAGCCCGGCCAGAUCUCGGGUCGCAGCUUCAUCUGUGUGCCGCUCUUUCGCAUCUUUAGCCUGGAGCUGAGGCACAAUAUUCGUCUGGCCCCCGAUGAGUUUGUGGCCGUGAGUGGAGAUCAUCCGGCUCUGGGCCUGUGGCAGCUCGAGAAGGCUCUACCCCUCAAGGAGCAGGACAAGGCGCGCACCAAGUGGUAUCUGAGGGUUUGGAUAUGCGCCAGCCAGAGAUUCUACUACCGAUACCUGAUAUACUCCAAGAACAGACAAGGCAAUCGGGUCCUGAGGACCUGGGAGGGCCAGAGAGUGGCUCGAAUGCUGCAGACCUACGAGAUCUACCGCUCCCCGGGUCUGGACAUCUUCGGCGAGGCCUACCCCGUCUCAGUGGGCGGGGGAUUCUAUCUGGAACGCGGUUGGUUGCAGUACGAGUACGUGAUAGAGCUAAAAUUCGUCUGGCAGGAUCAUAUUGCUAUUUCUGGAAUGGGAAGUAACGCCAAGUACCGGUUGAUCCUUACACCGCUCAAUUUGAUAGACGACACACGUAUUGAGGUCUCCAGAUAUGCCUACAAUCAGUCAUCGUUCAGACCACAGAACCAACGCGGAGUGCGGUACACACAAGGCACCAUUGUUGUCUUCCGGAUUUACCAACCGCUGGACACCUACAAUGCCCUUCGCUUGUCUAUUUAUCAGGCAUCAAGAGAUCUCCAGUUAUCCCUUGGAGAGGCGUACAUAUUUCCGGAUCAAAUCAAGGGCAGUCGUGGGAUUUUGCAGCUCCCCAUCUUUGCUAGUUUACAAAAUUUGGCCAUUGGGGAGAUCACGUUGCCAUAUUUGGUGGUUCAACCUAUGCCAAAAGUGGAGGCGGGAAAUCUACGAGCCAGUUUCCAUCACUACUGGCCGGAUAAUUGGCCCACAUUGGAUGUGGGAUACCGAGGUUUGGGAGCCAGCUACUUCCAAUCUUCAACGAGUCUUACGGAGAACACCAUCGAAAGUUAUCUGGCAGUUCUGAAGGCCAAGGGAGAUAUGGUCCAACUGGAUGUGCAGCUGACCAAGGACUACGUUCCCGUAGUCUGGCAUGGAUUUGGAUUUUACACCUCAGACACAGAUCGCUCUGUAAGGGAUCGCUUUGAUUUACGGUUUGUGCUAAUAAGGGAACUUACCUACUCGGAACUCAAGGCCAGCCGGGUGUUUAUCCUCAAACGUUGGACCGUCCAGGAAUACACCAAUCUUAAUGUCAAGGAUGUGAGCCAAAAACACAGAAUUUUCCCAAAACUCUCGGAGGUUUUUGAGGCCCUACCCAAAACACUGGGACUUCUGGUGGAGAUAAAGUGGCCGCAAAUAAUGGCUUCUGGUGUGCCGGAAUCCACCCAGAGUUUGAACAAAAACAUUUACGUGGACAGAAUUCUACAGAUCACGAUUCAUCAUGGGUGUGGACGUCCACUAAUCUUCGCCAGCUUUGAUGCGGAUAUAUGCACAAUGAUUAGGCUGAAGCAGCAUGUCUUCCCUGUGAUUCUGAUGAGCAUUGGCAAGUCUCAGAUUUGGGAUGAGUAUAUGGAUCUGAGGGCACAGAGUUUCCAGCAAGCCAUCAACUUCGUUCAGUCCGCAGAAAUUUUGGGAACAGCUCUGCACGUGGAAAACUUCCAAAACAAACACCAGCAAGUCAACUUGGCCUUGGAUCUGCAGCAGUCUCUUUUUUUAUGGGGUAACGAUAUGCAAGAUGAACAUCUUCUGGAGCAAUUUAGAGCUCUGGAUGUGACGGGUCUGAUUUACGAUCACAUGGAUCGAGUGGGUCCGUUCGCUUGGAAACGAUCCGAAUUUUUCCGGGCCCCACAACUUAUGGAACUAUUUGGAGCUCAAUGUGUUAGCAGUGGAAACUCGACGACCAUUCCGGGAAUAAAACCAGCUAAGCCAACCAUUUGGCCAAAGUUAAGAUAGUGUUUGGGUAACAGUAGUAAACAGUGCAAUUAAUAGAAAAAUAUUUGUGAAUGAAGAUUUAUAUGUAUAAGCUAUACAAAUUAACGAGUGGUAAACCAAAGGUUUUAGAUACAAACGCAAUAGACGGUGCUAAGCUUAAUUGUUGUUAAUAACC